UUUAAACAUUUUUCCUUGGUUAAUAUUUUUAUUUCAUUUACCCAACUGAUUAUAUGAACAUUCAAAGAGAAAUAUAUAACACAACUUCUACGUAUAUUUCCAAACAUAUUUUCAAACGUUUUCAUAUAAUUAAUGACGUACAAAAACAGAAACAUGAAAUUCUGGUGGUUUUUAAUUCUAGUUGUAUGUUCCAUGUGGUUGAGUACUGGACAUGGUGCUGUAAUUGGUCAAGAACUUUGUAACUGCCAACCUACAUUGAUUAGAACACCAAAAAUAUCAAUUCCUAAACCUGGUCAACGUGUCAUCUGUACUAAAAUACCGGGCGCCCAAGAAUACACACCGAUUAAAAAUGCUUGCACUUGUGUAAAUACACGGGUGAUGCCGGCUCCGGUGACUAGAGCGGAUUGCAACUUAAUGGCUCCUUAUCCGGCUCAGGUAGAGAGCUGCAAUGGCAAUGGAAUGGACGCGGGACUGCCACUGUUUGGUGAACGAGGUGGCGCGUUUUUCCCGGAAACGAUGUGUGGGGCAGCUUCGCCGGUCGCCGGAAGUCCGGUGUUCCAAGACCCACCCGGCCCGAACGGCAUAGACGAACCAGCAGCAGAUCCCACCGGUAACGGGUGUUGUGGCAGUGGACCACCCGCGGCUAUCGCGGUGGAUCCAGUGUCGCUGAUGCUGGCGCAGGCCGAGGCCAACCGGUGCCGGAAUGACGUGCGCGAAGGACGUCUGGCGUUCGGGCAGAUCGCCGUGCCAAGAGACGCGCUGCCGCCACCGCGAGCCGUGCCGGACGUCAACGAGGAGGGCCUCUAUGCGCUGGACAAGGCCAUCGUUGAGCUGAAGACAUGCAAGUCACGGUUCGCAGACGAAGCGGCCGCGCUGGCGACGGAAGCUGACUCACUGCUGGCACUCGAGGACGACGCCUUGCGACCCGUGGACGAUGCAGGACCAACAGUGACGUUGCCCAGUUACGCAGACGUUGGCUACCAGGCCGAAACGCCGUCCUGCUCGCCACUGGUGGUAGGUCCGCUCGCGAAACCCAGUGGCGGCACCACUUGCACCGUGAACGAGGACACCGGUGCGACGCCACCACCGACGGAUCCUACUGCAGGAUACUCGUCAUCGGGAUGCCGUUGCAGUAGCAAUAAGCCGUCUUCGCAGCAGCAGUGCUCUUGCGGAAAGUGCUCGUGUAGUAAGUGCUCAUCAAGCAAAUGCUCGUGUGGCAAGUGCUCGUCUGGCAAAUGCUGGCAUUAAGCGGCUGCAACUGAAUCGGCACGGCAUUUCAAUAAUACUCAUAAUACAAUAAUUAUUUUAUUAAAACUUUGGUAUAUAGUAUAAUAUGGACAAUAAACCC